GGAAAACAGAUUUUGCGCAACUAUAGUGUAUAAUUUGAAGACAGUAGAUGUUUUGUUUUGAGUUUGCUCUCAAGGCGAUAAGUACAACUCACAUGCAAAGUCUGGUCUGGCGAGCAAAGAAUGAUUAGUUCUUUAACUGGCGGAUCUACGUUCAUGGAUAUUCUUUUUUACUUAUCGCUACCCUACCGCAAGACUUUUCUUCUGCAAGACACUUAAUAUUUAGUUAAGACUAACACACGAUAUUCUCAGAUCAAGGCAGGUAGUAUAUCACAAGAUUGGUAACGCUCAAGCCUGGAAUAAAGUUACGGAAUAAAUAUUUAAAGAGAUAUUAAAGGUUUUCUAUAACAGAAAGAAAAAUGCAGGAGCUGGAAGAGAGAGAAUCAAUGCAGGCAAAGGUGAAGCGGCGUCUUAGCAAUGUCGUGAGUCCCUUUGCUGAAGACACACGGCGGAGAAGCGGCAAAUAUUAUCAACUAGGUGCGAACCCCGAUGAUAUUGAAGUUGAUGUUCCGAUAGUCGACGAUACCGAUACUGUUCUUGUCAACGAACAUGCAGACCUACACAUCACAAACAGUGGAUCAGUGAAAAACAAAAGUGGAUCAAUAUUAAAUGUGAAAAGCAUAAAGGACAAAAGUGUCAAAUUUUUCACUGGAAAAAAUCCAACUGACGAUAAAAAGGGUGAAUCGGAAAUCAUCUUCAGAACCAAGAACUUAUAG